UUUGCGCAAAAAAUCUAACAAUCGGUGGUGUGCAGCUGGAGAAAUCCUUGACUCCGGUUGCCCCCCACCCCCCUGCGCUGUCGGUCACGCGCUCCCACGUGCACAUACACGCGCUUGUGUAGCUCGAGCAUCACUGGAGGUGGCGUCAGCGGAGACGGUUGUUACGGAGGGUGACGGGGCUUUGACUUUGGCUGCUUCGUGCCGUCUUUCUGUGAGCGCGGAGCCGGAGGAUGGAGCAGGUGGAACCAAAGCAGUAAGCGGGGUCAGCGCGAGAGGAUGCGGACGGGAGGCACGGGCUACCUGUAAACCAGGAGUAGAUGAUGCCUAUUUGCCGCAGGCCCCGCCAUCGUGAAAUUGUAUACCGACUUGCGGCGGAUGGGGUGACCGAGCUCCCUGCUCCGCCGGGGAGGUCCCUGCCUUCGGAGGUUACCGGGGUGGGAGCUGCCUGUGCCCCGUUCUGAGGAAGGGAAGGAGUGGCAGGAAAGAAAAUGCAGACGGAGGAGGAGACGGCCGCCGCAGAAGAGCCCAUUUUGGAGGAAGGGUCGGGAAGAGAGCAGCAACGGCCAGUCCAACAGUCUCUGGCCUCUUCCCUUUGUCGGGAGUCCCACUGGAAGUGCCUCCUCCUGACCCUCCUCAUGUACGGCUGCUUUGCCACGCUGGCCUGGUGCGCUCUCUGUCGCGUACCCGUUCUGGGCUCCUCCUCCGUAUCUGCUGAUGGCACCUCGGCGGCCUAUUACAUCCAGCAAUGGGAAAGUCCGUGCUCUAGUGGUUAUGUGUACAUCCCACUGGCCUUCCUGGCCAUGCUGUAUGUCGUUUACCUGGUGGAGUGUUGGCACUGCUUCUCCAAGACGGCCAUGUUGGCUCAUGCUGAAUUCCAGGAAGUAUAUGAGCGUGUGCAGAGACUUCAGCAGGCCACACCCUGUAUUUGGUGGAAGGCCAUCAGCUAUCACUACGUGAGGAGGACCAGACAGGUGACAAGAUACCGCAAUGGAGAUGCAUAUACGACCACACAGGUCUACCAUGAGCGGGUGAACACUCAUGCCUCAAGUUCUGAGUUUGACUACGCCCGCUAUGGUGUCAAAGACGUGUCAAAGGAGCUGUUGGACCUGCAGCAACACCCUGCUGUUCGCCUGCGUUUCACAAAGUGUUUCAGCUUUUCAAGUGCACGUGCUGAAGCUGCCUACCUCACCCAGCGAGCACGCUUCUUUGGGGAGAACGAGGGGCUUGAUGACUACAUGGAGGCCAGGGAGGGAAUGCACCUUAAAAACGUGGAUUUCCGCGAACACAUCCUAGCAUUCUCCGAUCCGGCUCACCAGCCGUGGUUCUCCAGGCACAAGGUGUUUUGGCUGGCUUCAGCUUUCCUCCUGUCGUGGCCGCUGCGAGUUGUGUCGGAAUACCGCACAGCGUAUGUCCACUACCACGUGGAGAAGCUGUUCGGGGAGGACGAGGAUACCGUUGGGGGAGUCGGCGGAGGAGGGCCAGGCGGGGGUGGAAGAGGGGACGGGGUUGAAGGAGGGACUGAGAAUGGAAUCCACCCAGGAGGAAUUUCGAUUGGCAUCGGUCUGAAUGGGACAAGCUACAGAGCCAUCUCUCGUGUCAACACGGUGGACAUGACAGAAUUGGAGUGGCACAUUCGCUGUAACCAACAGAUGGUCCCGAGCUACUCUGAAGCCCUCCUUAUGGACUUAGACACGAGUGGGGGGACAAACCCUACAGCCUCCACACCUAUCUCUGGGCCUCCAGGCAUCACUCCAAGCCAGGGGACCAACCCUCCUCCUCUGGCUUUGCCUGUGGUGUUCAACUCGGCUUACCUCCUUCAGAGCUGCCCCCGAUGCCGGCGGACCACAUCGAGUGCCAGUCUUCCAUCCAGGCUAAGGGCUCCAAUGGGAACCACAGCCCUCCUUAACGCUACAGUGGCAGGGAUCAGGGCAGCAGGGCAAGGAGGUGGGGGUAUGGGAGGGAGACUGGUGCUCAGUCGGAGCGGGUUCUCUCUCGGGAGACUUGGAGGUGGGCGCCAGAACAGCCUGUUUCAUUCAAGAAGCAUGGGGGGUGGGCUGGGAGGAAGUAGGGAAGAUGGAGGAGGAGGAGGAGGGGUAAGUGGCGGAGGGGGCGGAGGUGGUGGAGGAUUCCUUGGGUUAGGUUCAAGACAGAACAACGAGGAGACCAGAGGAGUGCUUGAAGGGGAAGGCUGA